UCUCCUGUGGAUGGCAUCCUUGACAUUGUGAUUGUUGGUCCGUAUCUAGGCCGGUGAUGUCAUUACUUACUCAACGUUAAUGUGAUUAUUUUUAGCCAUUCGUAUUGACACAAAUAUCUAUUUGUGCGUUUGAAGCUGUUGAACUUCCCACGCAUCAGGUAUAUUAGGACCCAGCUUCUGCUUCUGCCUCACUCCUACCAUACAUCUUCAAGACGCCGAUACUGUUUCAGUCGAGUUCCUGACUUCAUCGACCAACCAUGACUCCCUUCCUUCUUCUCUUUGUUGCCCUGGCAACGGCUUCUCCAGUGAAGAGACAGACCACUGCACUGGAUGCUGACGGGGACGGACACAUCACCAUCAUUGAGGUGGACAACGCCAUGGACCUGGGAGAGGUCCUGGUGGCUUUGGAUACCGACGGUGAUCAGCAGUUCACCGUUGACCAGGCCCUGCAGUUCAUUGACCAUCACUACUUCAACGUCCUCGACACCAACCAUGACCACGUGAUAAGCUUCCAAGAAAUCCAGGACGGCCUGACCCUGGCUGACCUGUUUGCCUUCUAUGAUCGCAACGAUGACGGAUUCCUGUACGGUGCAGAGGCUGACCGCAUCAUCGCCAUGUACGAUGCAGCGUACGGGACAGCUGCAGUCCCCGCCGCGCGGCGCCAGAGGAGGCAGGCCGACGGGCUGGACACUAAUAAUGACGCGCAUCUCACACUCAGCGAGUGUGAGGCCGGACUCAACCUGGCGGUAGUCGCCUACGCUUUGGACACCGACGGUACGUACCGAGUGAUAACUGAUAGGUUUCUGUGGCCGAGCGAUGACGGUUUUCUGUACGGAGCUGAGGCGGACAGGGUCUACUUUAUGUACAACGAGGUUCAGAAUGCCGCGGCCGGGAACUAA